AUGUUUGUGCUGCUUCCACAGGAAGGCGAGAUCCUUGAUCUGCAAAUAAAAGAGUCGCUACAGGGUGGUGGAGAUACAGAUCUUCUGCCAGACUGGUCCAACGCCUCUGCUUCAUCUGAUUUUUGCAAGUGGCAAGGCGUCAAGUGCACAUCAACAUUAACAUCCCACAAUGUUAUUUCACUAGCCCUGCCCACCAGAAACCUACCCGGCCGUUUCUCUCCUAUGAUUAGGAAGCUAAGCCGGUUGGAGGAGCUGGACCUAAUUUUUGGCAACAGAUUAUAUGAACAUGUUCCUCCUGAAUUGGGAAAUUGCACCCACCUUCAGCAGCGCUAUGUCUCAAACAACUUUUUUAGUGGUGUUAUACCAUCGACUCUCGUCAACUGCAGCCUACUUACUGUUCUGUACCUGAGUGCAAAUAAUCUCUCUGGAGAUGUUCCUGCCUCUCUUGGUAAGCUUCUAAAUCUUCAAUUUGUAAGACUAGGGUAUAACCGCUUUACGAGCUCCUUACCACCUGAAAUUAACAACUACACAAAGCUUACGUUUAUAGGCUUUGCCUCCUGCAAUCUGAAAGGCACGAUCCCAAUCGAAAUCGGCAAAUUACAAAUGCUAGAAGAGUUAUGUCUCCAUGAAAACCAAUUGAAUGGUUUUAUCCCUUCAAGCGUAGCGAAUUGCACGUCUCUGCAAUUGUUUUCUGUUUGUGAAAACAAUUUAGAAGGUCCCAUUCCAAGAGAGUUUGGCCUACUCGGGAGUGUCCAAAUGUUUACUGUCUCUAAAAACAAUACGCAGGGUCCCAUUCCAAGAGAACUUGGCCUUUUGAGGCGCCUCGAAUCUCUGUGGCUGAAUGAUAAUCUUCUUUCAGGGCAUCUUCCCUCUCAAUUGGGCAACAUUUCAAUGCUGUAG